AUGAGAUUGAUUGGGUAUACUCAAGCUGGACAGCAUCCUGCUCCUGGAUUGGCAGAUGUCCCUGGUCCUUUACCAAAAUUUGUUAACUUACCAUUACCUCAAAGUACCUUACAGCCGCAAUCUACAAGCAGUUCUUUCAUGUCAACUCAACCAAAUACCUCAAUUCCACAAACUGCUGUCUCUCAGGAUUCAAUUGCCCCUGUUUCACCAGUAGAUUAUCAAAAGUUUUCCCAAUUAUUUAUAAAAACUGUGGGAUCAGCACAAGGUGAACUAGGUGGUGCUCAAGCCAAAGAUAUUUUCUUGAAGGCUAAGUUGCCAACCCCAGUUUUGGAUCAGAUAUGGUCUUUAGUCGAUAAAAACAACACUGGUACUUUAAAUGUUGGAUCAUUUGUGAUUGCCAUGCAUUUAAUUCAAGGAUUAUUGAGUGGUCAAGUUAAACAAUUGCCACCAUUUUUGCCAGAAUCUAUUUGGAAGUCAGUUGAACCACAACAACAAACUCCAUCAUAUGAACAACUGCAAUCGCGUCAAGUUUCACUGAAUUCAAUUAACUCCCAACUGACGGCAAUUAGACAUCCUCCUUCAAGAGAUGUCCAAAGUGAAUGGUUUGUUACUCCUGCCAUGAGGCAACAAUACGACUCUGUUUUCAACAAUCUUGAUAAGGAUAAGAAGGGACAAUUAACUCCUGACCAAGUUGCUUCAUUCUUAAUGACUUCUAAAUUAAGUCAACAAGAUUUGGCAUUGAUUUGGGAUUUAGCUGAUAUUCAAAAUUCUGGAAUUUUUACCAAGUUGGAGUUUUCCAUUGCCUUGUUUUUGGUUAAUAGAAAAAUCGCUGGGAAGGCUUUACCAAAUGUGGUUCCAGACGAAUUGGUUUCUUCAUUGAGACAAGCUUCAACACCAGCUGCUGGUUCACAAUUCUCCCAAGUUACUUCUCCACAACCACAACAACAACAACAACCACAACAGCGUAGUGCUUCGGAAAUAAACAGAGGUUUAAUUCCACCUCAAGUACAGCUGCCAAGCAAACCAAAGUCUUCCAUGGAUGAUUUGGCUGAUAUUUUUGGUGCCUCUGCCACUGCACCAACAGCUACCACUGUGGCUUCUUCCAGUCCAGCUCCACCAGCUCCAGCUGGAUUUGGCCUUGAACAACGUCCAUCAAGUAGUGAUUUAUCCCAUGGUGAGUUACCAAAAGUUCGUACCACUUUAACUGGUUCAUUCAAGCCAACAUCUACUUUUGGCCAAUCAUUGAUGCAAAAGCAACAAACGCAAUCAAUUUCUUCUUCUAACUUAGCAUCACCAGCAGAAGAGAAAAAGCAAGAAAUCCCACCAAUUCAAUCAAAGGAAAUUGUCCCACCUGCUGUACCACAACAACCAGCCAGUGAACCAAGUCAGCCAAAGACAGUUAAUUAUGAUGCCUUGAGAAGUGUUCCACCACCGCCUCCUCCUCAACAAAGAACUGCUAGUCCAGCCCUUGGGGUUUCUCGUACUCCUUCUCAGCAAUUUGCAUCUACUGGUAGAUCUGCUUCUCAACAAAGUGGUGCUAUUGCCACUGGUAACAAUGAAGAUUUACUAGCUGAUCCAGCUAUUUCCGGCCAAUUGUCACAAGCUACUUCAGAUAUUGCAAAUGUAUCCAACCAAAUUAAAUCCCUCACCACUCAAACAAAAAACUUACAUGAGAAGAAAACAAGAGCAGAACAAGAGCUUCAAAGAAUUUUGAAAACUAAAUCUGAUAUUGAAAUGAAAUUGAAACAAUUGAGAACUUCUUACGAGAAUGAAGUCAAACAAGUUGAACAAGUUGAAAGCAAUUUAGCUACUGCCAAAGAAGAAACUGAAGCAUUAAGAUCUGAAACCUCGAUUGCUGAAGCAAAAGUUAAUUCAUUAUCAAAUGAUUUACAUGAAAAACAGGUUAAUAUGGAAGACUUACAGAAGGAAAACAGCACCUUGAAGGAAAAAUUGGGUACUUUGAAUGCUGAAAUUACUGAACUUGAAAGUCAAGUAGCAGCAAAGGCUUCAGAAACACAAAUGUUAUCCAACCAAGUGUCUGUUAAGAAAUCACAAGUUCAGGUUGCCAUUGUCAAGUGUGAAGAUUUGAAGGGAAAAAUCAAGGACAUUGAGGCACAGCACAAACAAUUGCAAUCAGAAUUGGACAAUGCUGAGAGAAGUAGAUUAGCUGCUGAACAAGAAGCUAUAGAUCAGCAAAAUAAGGCUAUUGAAUUGGAAAAGAAUAAACCUACUAAACCAAGUAGUGGCAUUGCUGCUGCAGUUGGUGCUGCUGCCGGUGCUGCGGUUGCGGGAGCUGCGGGAAUUGUUCAUCAUGUUACCUCUUCUUCUUCUUCAUCAUCUGCUCCUAUUGCUUCAGGAUCAAGUGCACCAGUGACUCAACGUGAUCAAGUCGGUACUGAUGAAUCGGGUGUUAAUGAUGUUACUCAAAGAUUCCCUGAUUUGGAUGUUAAUGAACCAGCUGAUAAUGUUACCAACACCACUGCAUCUAAUACCACUGAUCGUGCAAUCGACGAUGGAGAAACACCAGUUACAUCUCCAAGUAACUCUGAAUUCCAAUUCCCACAAGGUAACAAUGCAGGAAUUGUAGGUGGUAUGGUUGGAAUGCCAGGUGUUUUAGUUGGUGUGCAAAGAACUGAAUCGUUAACUUCCAGUGUACAAAACAAUGCUGCUUUGUCUGUUAGAGAUGAUAACAUUGAUGAGAUUAGUGACCGUGAUACUUUGGAAAAUGUUGAUAGCGGUGAUGAAACAGCACCAAACACUGCUAAUGGUGCUAGCUUUGAAAGUAGAGACAGACAAGAAGGUAGUGAUAAAGGAUCAUCUUCAUUUGAAAUGGUCAAUUCUGAGGAAGCAAGAUCUCCAGAUACCAAUGAAGAGUUCCCACCAAUUAGAGAAUUGGAUUAUCAAGAAAGUGAUUCUUCUGAUGAAGAAAAUGAAGAAGAACAAACUUUUGAUGAUGCUUUAGAUCAUGAUCUAAUUCCGGGACAAGGACAAACUACAACUGCAACAACUGCUCCUGCUGCUCCUGCUGCUCCUGCCCCAGUUGAAAUUCAAUCUAAAGAACCUGUACAAAGAGUUGAAAGUUCCGCAUUUGAUGAUUUUGACUUUGAUAAUUUACAACCAGCAGCUACAGAAUCCAAUGACAAGAAUUUCUUUAACGAUGAAUUUGACAAUUUACCUGCAGCUAAUGUAGCUACUCAAGGUGAUGAUGAAUUUGAAAGUGAUAAAGAUGCAUUUGGUGGUUUAUCUGGUGAUUUUUCAAGUUCUAAUGCUCCUGAUUUUACACAACCUCAAGGAACUGACACUGCUCCAAUUGCUAAUAAUGAUGAAUGGGAAGAAUUGUUUGCUGGUUUCGGAAAUGCUCAACAACAACAGGAACAACAACAACAACAACCUGAAAUUCUUGAAACUCCAAGUCAACCUACAAUUCCAGGAGCUUUUGUAAACGAGCCUGCUCCUACUGAAGAAACACCUGUAUGGCACCCAGGUGCUCCUGCCCCUUCUACUGUUGAUACAACCACCGUUUCUGCUGCUGCAGUCGACUCAUAUGCAGUUCAAGAAUUGGUUGGUAUGGGUUUUGAUGAGAAAACAGCUAUUGAUGCUUUGAACAAACAAAACGGGGAUUUGGAAGCUGCUACAAAUUACUUAUUGGACAAUGCUUAA